AUGUCUUCCGCUACUUCUUUCUAUGAUUUCGAGCCUGUCGAUAAGAAGGGUGCUCCCUUCCCCCUCGCCUCCCUUAACGGCAAGGUCGUCCUCGUCGUGAACACCGCCUCCAAGUGCGGUUUCACUCCCCAGUUCGAAGGUCUUGAGAAACUCUACCAGAAACUGAAGACCAAGUACCCCGAAGACUUCACUAUAAUCGGUUUCCCUUGCAACCAGUUCGGUAGCCAGGAUCCCGGCUCCGACGAAGAAAUCCAGUCCUUUUGCCAGCUCAACUACGGUGUCACAUUCCCCGUGCUUGGAAAACUUGAUGUGAAUGGCGACAAUGCCGCGCCUGUGUGGACUUUCAUGAAGGAGAAGCAGCCUGGUCUUUUGGGACUUAAGCGUGUCAAGUGGAACUUCGAGAAGUUCUUGAUUUCUGCUGAUGGAAAUGUUGUUGGCCGCUGGGCUUCUGUUACUAAGCCCGAGGGCCUUGAGGAUACUAUUGUUAAGGAGAUCGAGAAGGCUAAGAAGGAGGGUGUCCUUGCCUCGCAGAAGGGUGCCGCUGCUGCUGAGCAGUCCUAG